AUGAAGAUAGCUAAGAAUUCGGAAGACAAUGAAAGUCAAACGUUGCUUAAUGAUAAAAAAGCGUCAUAUUCUAAUGAUAACAAUCGUCGACAUCGAUCAUCUCGCCUUGAAUGGAUAGAAUCGUCUUGGACUCGAAUUUUACAAUUAUUAAGUUGGUGGUGGAUGAAUCCGAUUCUUUAUACAGCAUAUAGACGACAAUUGACAGUAGAUGAUCUUGAUAAUCUACCUCAUAUUGACAAAGCUUCAGUAUUAUUAGAUAGGUUAUCUUCUUAUGACUGGUCAUCAAACACAUGGAGUAUUGUUUGUAAAGAGUUUUGGAAAGAUUAUAUUGUUGCCAGUCUAUUUUUGAUUCCAUUUUUGAUAACGUCUAUUGCUCCACCAUUACUUUUUCGUCAAAUCAUCUUGAAUAUGAUGAAUGAACAAGGAUCGAAUAGUAUCCACUAUUUGUACGCCAUAUUACUGUUUCUUUCGGUAACUAUACAAACACUCAUACAACAACACACAUUUUUCCGUUUCGCUCGUAUUGGUCUGAGAAUUUUUAAUGCACUUACAAUGAUCAUUUAUAAACAUGCAUUGUCUUUAAAAUUGGCAUCAUUGCAAGAAAUGAAAACAGGUCAAAUUAUGAACUUAAUCAUUAAUGAUGCGCCCAAGUUCCAAGAAGUCUGUUCAUAUUUGGGGCUUCUAGUUGAAGGACUUAUCGAAUUAAUCGUCAUAUUUGGCUUACUCUGUUGGAUCAUGCACCCUAUACCAACAGUAUGUAGUUAUGCAUUAUUUCCUUUAUUCGUUCUUCUCCAGUUCUAUUUGAGUCAAAAAUUUGGUCAGUAUUAUGAAAUAACAGCUAUGUGUGUUGACAAACGUAUACAAGCUUUUACUGAAUUCAUUCAUGGAUGUCAUAUUGUUAAAAUGUAUAACUGGGAAAAAGCAUUGGAAGAUCGUAUAGUUGAACUGCGGAAACAUGAAUUAGCAAGUAUUCGACGUACAUAUCGUUUUCGUGCAAUCAAUAUGACUCUAUAUUUUACUGCAGUAUCAUUUUUUACACUCACAAUGUUCGGCAGUGCUUGGCUUUUAGGUUAUCCAUUAAAUACAGAAAAUGUUCUUCCAACUCUUUCAUUAUUUUCUGUAAUACGCGUAAAACCUCUGUAUUAUAUUCCGCUGGGAAUUGAGAAGCUAAGUGCAGCUAAAUAUGCAUCAAGAAGAAUAGACUCAUUUAUGCGUCUCAACAUGAAACAAGAAAAUCAGUUUCAAUUAUCCAAUUCUUCGAUCAAUGAGAAACAAAAAGGAAAUAUCAUGAUUUCAAGCGCCUCUUUUUCAUGGUUUAAUGAGAUGCCUUGUCUAUCAUUGUCUGAUCUGAUUAUCGAACAAGGCACAUUUGUUGCAAUUGUUGGACCAGUAGGCUCUGGUAAAUCAUCUUUACUCGCUGCUGUCCUUGGUGAAAUGAAUCUUAUCAACGGCCAAUUAAAUACAAAUCGUAGUUCAUUUGCUUAUGUUGCUGAAUCACCAUGGAUAUUUGAAGAUACAUUGCGUAACAAUAUUCUUUUAAAUCGACCGUUUGAUCAACAACGAUAUAGAAAUAUAAUACAUGCUUGUUGUCUCGAUGUUGAUAUUAAUACAUUUGGAUCUAGCGGCGAUCUUAUAAUGAUUGGAGAAAAUGGAAUUAAUUUAAGUGGUGGACAAAAAGCGAGAGUAUCAUUAGCUCGUGCUUUGUAUGCUGAUAUGGAUAUUUAUCUAAUUGAUGAUCCAUUUGCUGCUGUUGAUUAUACAGUAGCUGAACAAAUCUAUGAACGAUGCAUUGGCCCAUCUGGAUUGUUAAAAAGUAAAACUCGUCUAUUAGUUACUCAUCAAACUCAGUUUCUUAGUGAAUCACAUCAGAUAAUAUUUCUUUCUCAUGGUCAUAUUGAUAAACAAGGUUGUUUGAAUGAAAAGAUGAUUAGAGAAAAAUAUACAAAUAAGAAAAAAACAUCAAUAUUAGCCAAUAUGCUUGAUGACAAUAUAUCGAUUGACGAUCCUCAACCGAUCAUAAAUGAUGAAACACCACUAAAUGAGGGUAACAAAUGGUCUAUAUGGUAUCAUUUGUUUACUGCACCACCAUUCGGUAGAAUUGGCUUCUGUUUACUUAUUGUUUUACUUUUGUUGGGCGAAUUAUUAUAUGAUGGUACAAACUAUUGCCUGAGCGUACAUUUGCGCCCAAGUGACGCAGAUCAACGAAUUUCACCGAAAUUUGUCUAUAUUUAUUUUGGUCUCACAAUAGCUAUGGCAAUUGUUGAUAUAAUUCGUAAGAAUUAUUAUUUUAGUGUUGUUUUAUAUGGUGCAAAGAGUUUGCACAAUAAAAUGCUAAGAGGACUUUUAUAUGCAUCAAUACAAUUUUUCGAAAGUAAUCCAAGUGGCAGAAUUAUAAAUCGGGCAAGUAAAGAUCAGUAUGUCAUCGACGAGUUACUACCAAUAGCUGUACUAGAAGGUAUCGAGGGACUGUUACUAACUGUUGGUUCACUGUUCAUUAUUUGUUUAACUAAUAUAUCUCUUUUUCUUGUACUUAUCAUAUUAAUACCAGUUGGUUGGUUAAUAAUAUAUUGUUUUCAAAGAUGUUCAGUUAGAUUUAAACGGCUUGAAAGUAUCACUCGUAGUCCUGUUUAUGCACUCUUUUCAUCAUCUUUACAUGGGUUAUCAACAAUUCAUUCAUUCAAUGCUGAGAACAGUUUUAUUCAAUUAAUGGCUGAUAAAAUUGAUACACAUACAUCUGCAUAUCUCGCCGUACAAGCUUCAUCGGAAUUGUUUUCAACAUUAUUUGGUUUUACUUGUUUGAUAAUAUUAUUAGUCACUUCUAUUGGAAUAGUGCAACUUCCUAAUCAUAAAAAAUUGUCGACAGCUACACUCAGUUUAGUAUAUGCAAUGCAUGUAACGUCAUGGAUUCAAUGGACGAUUCGAAAAUUACUUGAAGCUCAUUUAAUGAUGGUAAGUGGCGAACGUAUCGAUGAGUAUUCACGGUUGCCACAUGAAGAAGAUAAAGGUGGUCAUAAAGGUCUUGUAAAAACUUCAUCAAAAUGGCCAACUCAUGGAAAAGUCGAAUUUAGAAAUUAUUCAUUACGUCAUCGAUUUAACCUAGAAUAUGUAAUUAGAAAUAUUGACUUACACAUAGAGUCUCAUCAAAAGAUUGGCAUCAUUGGUCGAACCGGUGCUGGAAAAUCAUCACUCUUCAAGGGUAUCUUUCGCUUUGUUAAUCGAUCAUGUGUUGAUGGUGAAAUCCUCAUUGAUGGUAUUGACAUUAGUCGUGUCACACUUAACCAUCUUCGAUCUCAUAUCAGUGUUAUUCCUCAACAACCUAUAUUAUUUAGUGGAACUAUUCGGUACAAUCUUGAUCCAUUCAAUCAUUAUUCUGAUGAACAAUGUUGGAUGGCACUUGAAGAUGUCCAGUUGAAACAAUUUGUGAGCAAUCAGCCAGCAGGUCUUCUAAUGUAUAUUGCUGAAUGGGAUAAAUCCUUGAGUAUUGGUCAAUGUCAAUUGCUAUGCAUUGCACGAGCCAUUCUAAAGAAAAGUAAAAUAUUAUUGAUCGAUGAAGCAACAGCUCAUGUUGACCAGGAAACAGAUGAUCUGGUUCAUGCAAUAAUUAGAAACAAAUUUCAAGAUCGAACUGUUUUGACAAUUGCUCAUCGACUGAAUACAGUAGUGAAACUUGAUCGUGUUCUUGUAUUGGAUAGAGGAAAGAUAGUCAACUUCGAUUCUCCUACGAAUAUUUUGGAACGUUAUAACUGA